GUUCUUCUCCAAAAAAAAAAAAGGGGUCGGCGGGGGUUUUAUAUCUUCACGGAAAAGAAAGUUUCAUAUAUCUAAAGCGCCAUAAACCCUUCACCCUUGUGUUGCCGACCGAACUAUUUCUUCGACCUCCAAACUCGACCAAACAUGGUGACUCCGUUGAUAGGGGGAGCGGCUGUGGCGGCUGCUGCUUAUGCUGGUAGAUAUGGCAUUACGGCUUGGCAAGCAUGGAAGGCAAGACCGCCAACUGCUAGAUUGAGGAAAUUUUACGAAGGCGGUUUUCAACCUACUAUGACUCGGAGGGAGGCAGCUCUGAUUCUUGGAGUCAGGGAGAGUGUUCCCAUAACCAAGGUCAGGGAAGCCCAUAGGAGGGUGAUGGUCGCUAACCAUCCAGAUGCAGGCGGUAGCCAUUACCUUGCAUCUAAAAUUAACGAAGCCAAAGAAACCUUACUUGGAAGAACCAAAGGCAGCGGCUCUGCAUUUUGAUUGUACUCACUAGUGCUAGUGCUCCAAGGGAAUAGACUUGGUUCUCGAUAUUUGAGUUUAAGGAGCAUCAUCGCUGUUUCAGAUUGAUGAUUUAUGAUGUAUAUUAGUUGGAAAUUUCUGUAGAAGCAAAUUCAUUUUAUGAAGGUCACCGCGUAUUGGCAGAA